CCAAUUUACUGUCCAACAACCAGAGACUACACAUUCAGUGAAUGUCUUGUGGUGUUGUACACACGCACACACACUUGACAGAUUGAAGGCAGAAAAGGAAGCAAAGAGAGUUUUCCUGGAAGAAGGUCUAUUUGAUUUGGAGUAUAUUUUUCUAUGGUUUCUCUGACAACAUGGAGUACUUCUUUUUGAAAGGAUUUCUGUUGGUUUUGUUAACACGUCACCGCACAUCUGAAGGUCUGUCAACACCUGUUCAAUCCUCCUCCAAGGUCACCCUCCAAGGUGGCCGGACCUUAUCCAUAGAAUCAGAGCUGCCACCUGCAGAGGUAGUGCCAGUAUUGGCCCCUCCGAGCCUGAAGGAGGUGCAUCAAGCUGUACAGGAAGCCUCGGAGCAGGUGGAAGGUCGUGGGGCAGAGGAAGUGCUGAAGGAGCUACUGGAGAGGGUGGUAGGGGCAGCUCUGGGGCAGGUGGACGGAGGGAGUGAAGUGAAAGCAGAUGAGGGAGCAGGAAAGUUGCAGGAAGUGGUUGAAGAGGAUGCACUGUACGUUGAAAAAGGAGCUGAAGCCAUCUUAGAGGCCAAGGUGUUGGAACAGGCAGUGGAAAAGGAGCUGGAAGGUGAAGAUAUUGUCACCAAGGAAGGGUAUGCUGGUGUUGGGGAGAAGCAGGAGGUAGCAGAGGUGGAUGAAUUGGAAGAUGUAGCUGAAAAAGAGAAAGGAAUUACUGAGGGUGAGAGUGAAACUGCUGCUGGAUCUGUGGAGGAGACCACAGCACGUUUAGAAACUGGAGGCAGCAAAGCAGAUGGUGUGGAGGUUACCAAUGAGUCUCUAGACACUGGAGUCGGUCAGGGGGUUGCAGAGGCAACAUUACCUGUCUUAGAAGAAACAGGAGGCGAUUCAGCAGUAGAGGAGGCAGGGGUGGAAGGCAACAACAAGCAGGUUGAGUCGACAGAGGAAAAGGGAGCAGCAGAAACUGACAUACAGGAAGCAGAGGAAACUCAAGCUACUGUGGAGGUGGCAGUGGAUGAAGAGACAGAGAAGGAGACUGUGGAAGAGUCUAACCUGUCUAACCUUAACCUGUCUGUGGCUGAUGUGGAGCAGUUAGCAGAUGUACUGCCAGAGGAAGAAGCACAGAAGGAAGAAACCGCGGAAGAUGAAUUAGAAAAAGAUGAGACAGUACUGCCAUCUGAUAAUUAUGAGCCAGAGACCAGACAAACUGCAGCAGGAGAGCUGGUAGCGGAGGAGAAAGAGGUAGUGAUGGACACAGAAGGACCAGAAGUAGAGGACAAACAGGACCAUUUAGUGGUGGAGGGAGGAGCUGCUGAAGAGGUAGAAACAGAAGGUACAGAUGUGGGGGAGGCAGCAGGAGGUGAAAGAGAUGGAGAGAGUGAAAUAAAGGAAGAAUCUGUGGCACUGGUGAAUGAGGGGGGUGACCAACAAGCAGGAGAAGAGGUCACAUUGAUGACGUCACAUGGCAGUGAAAAGGGGAAUCAAGAAAUGCUGGUGAUCUCUGCCCCAGAGCCUGGAGAUGGUGCUGAAGCCUCAAUAGAGCAGAACACCGAGAACCAGGCUCCCACCCCGAGCCCAUCCCUAGGUGGGGUAGAGAAGGGAGAGAAUAGCCUUGGUGAUGAGAAAUCAAACCAUGGCAACGAGAUCAUCACCCCUACUGAUGACCUUUUGCCACACAACCCGGAUGUGGCCCAACCUACACUGGAUAAUUCUGUGAAGGAUGUUCUACCUGAACCCCCUCAGGCGGAAGGAGAGGAACCAGGGGAGGUCAAUGAGCUGGUGGAAGAUUCAACUGGAACCACAGAGACGAGCGAGCUGGGCCUAGAGGCAUGGAAGAUCGGGGCCAUUUCUGCUGCAGUCUUCCUGGUUCUGGAGACUACCUUCAUCAUUAUCUAUAUCCUCAAAUGUCGCAACAAAAAAAAUACCGCAGCUACUCAGCGGUCAUGUGAGGAAGGGUGUGUUGAACCAGAGGCCGCCACAGGAGGCGACUGCAAUGACGACACGCUGCCUGCAGGCAACGGAGACACUCAACAGAUAGCAGCACUUGACCCAUCUGAUGUGGCUUCAACCCUGGCCCCAAACCACGAGCAACACGAAGAGAAGCUUGGGACAGCCCUGUCAGACCUCCCGUCCGGCUCCAGAGAGGAGUCGGCCAACACUGGACCCGGACCAGACUCCUCACAAGACCUCAGGACUUCCAUUCUCUAGGGGUCUAACCGUUUGUCUGUUCCUGCUGUGUCUGAAUAAAUUCCCCCAAAAGCCACUUUCUACCCCUGUAGCCAAUCCCACUUUACCCAGACACCCAGCGAAUGUCCCUAUACCAACACAGACUGCCUUGGAUUCCAACCGUGAUAACUACUGUAUAUGUAACACAUUUGUAAUUUCGUGUGGAUGGCUGUAUGUCUGUUUGAGUGCAUGUGUAAAUUGGAAAAAAUAUGUAUAUUUUAACACAUUCGGCAUGUGUGAAUGUAUAGAUGGAACAAGUGCAUUAACAGGUGAGAUCAGUCGUGUGAAUGAGUGAAAUGAAGGAGCAUUUUUUAAAAUACUCUGCAUGUAUGUGAGUGUAAAUGUAAUAAAAAAAAAACCAUUCUGAAUCUA